CACCUCGACAAGUCCCAACCACAAGGGAAGCUAUCAAUAUGCGACAAUGGCUUCCUCCCUCUGCUCCUCAACUAUUCUUCUCCACAAGCCCUCUUAUCUGUAUCUGAGCGGCGCACGCCGGCGAAAGUUACCGUUUCCGGCGAACGGCUUUUUCCGUUGCCAGCGUGGGAAUCCUGGCUCUUCGCCCGGCGAUGGACGCUCCAAUUCGGAGAACGCGGUGCUUCGCGUUGCGUGGUACGGCUCCGAGCUACUGGGUAUCUUCGCGUCUUUCUUUCGGCCCACUUCGGUGCAGGAAGAGCUCGCCAAUGUUGUUGACGACGGCUUGGGGAUUCCAGAUCGGGGUCGAGUGGUCGAAGCCAUUAAGGAUGACUUCCGGCGUUCGUAUUUUGUUACAGGGAACCUGACUUUGAGCGCUUACAAUGAAGACUGUGAAUUUGCUGACCCUGCUGGUUCAUUUAGAGGUCUUGGCCGGUUCAAGAGGAAUUGUUCAAAUUUUGGAUCAUUACUUGAGAAAUCCGAUAUGAAACUAAUUAAAUGGGAAGAAUAUGAGGAUAAGGGAAUUGGGCACUGGCGUUUUAGCUGCGUCAUGUUAUUUCCUUGGAGACCUAUUCUUUCUGCUACUGGAUACACGGAAUACUAUUUUGAUAUCCAUUCGGGAAAGGUCUGCAGGCAUGUGGAGCACUGGAAUGUCCCAAAAAUGGCUCUUCUGAAGCAAAUUUUUAAACCGAGCCGUUGGAUAUGGGAUAAAAGUUGAAAACUCAAACCAUAUAAAAGUGGAGAUCACCAUUUACAGAGUAAAUAUAUAGAAUUGCAGGUAAAUUAUUUAGUUGAUUUAUAUUUGAACUGCAUGGCUUUUAAGUAUUCUACUUGUAGAAGCUUGUACACCAUGACAUCAAUGUACUAGAAGUCAAUAAUUUAUAUCUAAAAGCUCACUUAAAUUGA